AUGCAACAACAACCAACGUUUCCCAACAGGAAGUCGUUUCGCUCCCGCAAGAUUGACAAUAAGAAACCGCUAAAGUUAUACUGGGAGCGUGAGCUAGAUGACAUUGAUGACUACUCUACUCAGAUAAGGAGUGCACCGCCUAUUGAGACAGGUGUGGAAAAAGAAGAAGAGGAGGAAGUUCAUUUGCAAGAAGCAUUAACCGCAAAAGAAGAAGCUUUUAAAACCGGCAAAAAAGUUGAAAAAUCUAUACCCGUUCCGGAAGCCAUAACAGAUUUAGCAGAAUACGAAGACUUGUACAAAGAGAAGAAUUGGGAAGAUCCCAAAGCAUUUGUGAAAUUUUCUGAAGACAUUGAAAGUUCGACAGGAUGUCCGUAUACCCUGACAGAUGACGAUCUCGAUUGGAUUGAAAGUUACAAUAAUAAAAUAGCGGAGAAGGAUAAAUUGGAAGAAGACGAACUUGAGUGGAUCCUUUACCAGUUAGAGUUAAUAGCGAAUCGAAGACUUCGAUGCAAGAAGGAUAUCAGGAUACUUCCUAAUCUUCAAGAUAUGGAAAGAACCUUUACAGAUUCCAUUGCUUCGCUUCGUCGUAAAGUCAGAUUUGUGUACCCAUACUGGAAAGAAUGUAGAGUCAAACGAAAUGGCGGUGCAAUGGCGCCAAUUGUAAUGACUGAACCAGCAAACAGUCAAGAAGAAGAUAAUCCAUAUGUGUGUUUCCGACGUAGAGAACUGAAACCAAUACGAAAAACAAGACGAACGGAUGCAAAAUCACUUGAAAAAUGCGAUCAAUUACAUCUCAAUCUAUGCAAAGCAACGAAUGUACUCCAAAAUUGUCAGAAAUUUGAGAAACGAAAAUUUGCCUUUAUAACUAACGAACGGGAUAAAUUCGCGACAAAAGCAACAGUUAAAGAGAUGGGUCGAGAUUUAGGAGUCGAUGAUCAAAUAGCCGGAAAACCACCAAAAAAGAAGCAACGAAAGUUAUCACAAGCUUCCAGCAGCGAGAAAGUGCGCAAAACCCAACAGCAAUCUGCUGCUCAAUCUCAAAUUCAAGAAACACGAUCUUAUUGGGUCGAUGCUACAGAUGAUAUAUUCGAACCAUAUAAAAAGCAACAACCAAUUGAAUAUUACUCAGUUUUCUAUCCAUCUGACGAAGAGUCUGUCUCUUCAGACGAAGAGUUCAUUCCUAGUGAAUUACCACGGCGCAUAGCAUUUCGAACUCGAAUUGGUCGUGGAGGUCGUAUAUUAACGGAUCGUCGUGGGUUCGGGUCACAUCAUAACAAUCAUAGUAGUAAAGAUAAUAGUAAAACCGGUAAAUCCCGAUACAAGUUCAAAUACGAUGACUUUGAUGAAUCAGAAAUUUUCAGCGAUGAGGAUACAAAUUAUUCAGAUAUGAUGCAAAUUGAUGACAAUGAUUAUAAAGAAAGGUAA